AUGAAAAACACCCUUCUUGUAUCAUCAAAGCUCUGGACAUUUGUGACGAUGUCUUCGAUUUGGCAAAGAGGUCGAAUUUACCUUCUAACAUUGAUUAUAUACCGUGAUAUUUUACGCGUCGAGGAUUUGGAAAGUGUGCUUCGUCAGUUCAAACCGGAUGUCGUUAUUCAUACAGCAGGAAUAGUUCCACCAUUGAUUGAAAGAUAUCACCGUCGGAUAGAGAACGAAGUCCAACAAGUCAAUGUUGAAGGAACUCGUAACGUCUUGAAUGCCACAAGAAUUGCUGGAAUAGGUGCAUUUGUGCUGCGGCAGAGGAAAUUGUUCUUGCGGCUAAUUCCCCUACUUUCUCAACAUGUAUCCUUCGACCAUCAAUUAAUUCCUCCAAUUCAUGCAUGUAUAGCAAAAGGCGAAACCCCCUUCAUUAUUGGAUCGGCAGAUAAUCUCUGGGACAUAACCUACGUGUCGAAUGUCGCCGAUGCUCACGUUCUUGCAGCCGAGAAUCUUCUCUUGAGUACUCCAACUGCUGCCGGAAAAAUCAUUUUCAUACAAAACAAUACUCCAAUCACAUUUCGAGACUUCAGUCUAGCUAUAUGGAAAGAAUUUGGACAUAUUCCACCCUAUGAAGUGACAAUACCGGAUGGCUUAGCUUGGCUAGCGGGCUUGUUGGCAGAAGUGGCGUCGUGGUUGACUGGGUCGAGAGAACAUACUUUGAGCAGAGGCAGUGCGAAUGAUGCUUGUGCUGUAAGAUAUGCGAGUGGUGAGAAGGCGAAAAGAAUUCUAGGAUAUGAAGCAAGAGUAGAUUUAGAGGAGGGGAUUCGCUUGAGUUGUGAGGAGUAUAAGAGGAGACUCGAGAUUCGAGAGAAACAGGAAUGA